GUCUUCCACAUCCUCUUCUAUUCCCUUUGUUAAUCCAUUUAACCCGUCGCGGGUCCCUCAAAUCUACGGCCACCGACACCGACUACCGUCAGCGAAGUUGCUCCAUUCUUUUCUUUUACGUUUCAUUAUCCUGACGGGCUGACCCUUUCCUUCAUUCGUCCUCUCGUUUACCGUUUGUCAGCCGGCCGCGCUGCUCCUCGAGCCCCGGCGAUAUCUCAGUCAUGGCCAGUCGUGCGGCACAGAAGCGCUUGACGCGCGAAUACAAGAGCAUCACCGAGAACCCACCACCAUACAUCACGGCGCACCCCUCCGAGUCAAACAUACUGGAAUGGCACUAUAUCCUCACCGGGCCCGAAAACACACCCUAUCAUGGGGGUCAGUACUGGGGCACGCUCAUAUUCCCUCCAAAUUAUCCGUUUGCGCCACCGGCUAUUCGAAUGCACACACCUUCGGGUAGAUUCCAGCCGUCGAGCCGCCUAUGUCUCUCCAUCUCCGACUUCCACCCUCGAUCGUUCAACCCAGCUUGGGAGGUUUCGACUAUCCUAAUCGGCCUGCUGUCUUUCAUGACGUCGGAGGAGAUGACGACCGGCUCGGUAUCAGCCAGCGAGGCGGAGCGCAAGUAUCAUGCAGCUCGCUCACGAUGGUGGAACUCUACGGGCGGCGGGUCGCACCUCAAGGCCGAGCACGGCGCAGGCAAAGGCAAUAUCAAGGCCGGAGACGGCGGCGCCAAGUUCAGGUCGGAGUGGCCCGAGCUGGACCAAGAGAACUGGAAGUGGAUGCAAGAGAACAAGAUCGACCCUGCGACGGGCAACAAGAUUGUCGAGAACGGCGGGCCUACAUGCGGUCCCCAACUUGGCAUUGCUGCAAAGAGUGGGCAUCAGGCCCACGCAGUGGUGGAUGCGGUGAUCCAGCAAAGAGAUGCCGGGCAAGGCUGGCUCUUCCGCAACAAGCUGCUACUGGCUGGUGCUGUCAUUUUUGUUUACGUUCUAAUUGCUCGAAUCCUAGGGGAGGGUGGCUUGUGAAUUCCGGGUUUAAGGGGUGGUUUUGUGGCUCUUGCAAUACGCGAACGACUUGUGCAACUCACGUUUCUGCCUGUGAGCGGAGAGGUAUCGAAUUUCGACGACACACCAAAACAGCGAAGGUGGGAAGCUGAGCGCUGGGGUUUCAGCUUCGAAGGCCUUAGCUCGCCAUCGGGGACUGGUUUCUUUCGGCUUGGUGGGCAUGUCGGUGAUCUCGGGCGGGAAGAGCAAUGGAAUCGCCAGGUUAAGCGGGAAUAGAAUGAACCAUACAGGUCGAUGAAGCCACACCAUCCCCGAACAGCGCUGUCUAGGCCGCAACGGACGCUUGGCGCUUGUAUCUUCAUCCCCUCAGCUUCGAGCGGUUGUGAUGAUUCAUUCGUGUGUUGACGUCAUUGGGUUCCAGACGAGUUUAGGGCCAAAAGUGAUUAGGUAGACAGCGUGUGAACUGGAUUUAAGUGAAUAACACUAGCUCUACUCCGU